AUGCAUGUAUUUUCUUUAGAAUAUUUUCAAAAACUGUACAAUAAUAUAGAAGGAUCAAUCAGAAGUGUGAACGAGGAAUGUCAAUUCCUACAUUUUAAGUCUGAUUUUAUAUCUGUUAAAGAUGUAUUCUUAAUGAGUGAAGAAAGAUCUAGAAAUGAACCCACUGAAAAGUCAUGGUAUGUUGGUUGGGGUAACUGCCACCCAACUAUUCUUGAGGAGAUGAGAAAACACUAUCCAAAGCCCCACUUUUUACCAGAAGAUAGUGAAAUACCUUCAAAAGAAUACAUAUUUAUGGGAUAUGAUGAUGGUGCUACACUACAUCUCGAUUUUAUAAACCGUUUAAUGUGGCAAGCUCAAUUAAAAGGAACAAAACGUUGGUAUUUACAUCCACCGCCAGAAUGUGAAAGCAUGUGUAAACCUUUGUCGUUUUAUGUGGAACCCGGUGAUGCAGUACUAGUAGACACCAGAGUUUGGUACCACGGAACCACUAUAAAACCUGGAGAGUUUAGUCUUUCUGUACAAUCCGAAUAUGGAUAA